UCAUAGAAACACCCUGCUGUGGGGUCCCUUCAUAGGCUGAGCCCAUGGAGUUCCCCCUGACCCAGAUAUGCCCCCAAGGGAGUCACAAAGCCCCCACCCCGACCUUCAGCACCUUCCAGCCCAUGAACUUGACCCACAGAAGCUACCAAGACCUGGGCUUGCUCUCUGGGCCCAGCCAGGCCCCCAGGGCGGCCCACAUUCCAGGGAAUGCUGAGGAGGUGCCUGGUGAAGGAGGUCUAACCCUGAAGGCUGAGACCCGGACUUGGUUCCAGAAGACCCAGGCCCACUGGCUCCUAGAGCAUGGGGCAGCCCCUGCCUGGUUCCAUGGCUUCAUCACGCGGAGGGAAGCCGAGAGGCUGUUGGAGCCCCAGCCUCAGGGAUGCUACUUGGUACGGUUCAGCGAGAGCGCGGUGGCCUUCGUGCUGACUUACAGGAGCCGGACCUGCUGCCGCCACUUCCUGCUGGCCCAGCUCACGGACGGGCGCCACGUGGUGCUGGGCGAGGACAGCGCCCACCCGCGGCUGCAGGACCUGCUGCAGCACUACUCGGCGCACCCGCUCAGCCCCUAUGGGGAGACGCUUGCCGCGCCCCUUGCCCGUCAGACUCCAGAGCCCAUAGGACUUUUCCUAAGGACUGAAGAACCAGAUUCUGGAAGCAAAAGCUGGGACCCAAACCCUCAGUACAGCCCAAUCAUUAAAAAGGGGCAGGCUCCAGCCCCAACACAAAAAGAGAAGAACUCAGAACCAAAGGAGCCCUCCCAGCCACCCAGGCCCAGGCCUCCCAUCCCCACCAAACCUCAGCUGCCCCCGGAAGCCUACACAAGCCCCUCUCUUCGACCCCGCCUGGCCACACCCCUCAAGCCCACCAACCCUAUCUACUAUGAGCCUGAUGAACCCAUCGCCUUCUAUGCCAUGGGCCGGGGCAGCCCUGGGGAGGCCCCCAGCAACAUCUACGCUGAGGUAGAAGGUGAAGGCCCUCUGUCCCCACCCAUGCUGCAGAAGUGCCGGUCCAGGCCUAUCCCAGGAAGCCAGAGUCCAGGUGGACCACAGCUAUAUUCUGAGAACUCUGUGGCUAGACAAGGGCCUGCCCUGCCCCAGAAGCUUCCAUCCACCUGGAGACACACCCUUCCCCACAAUCUUUCAAGGUAG